AUGAUUUCUCUGAAUCUGGAACAUAAGUAUCCAAGUGAUGAACAAGCAGACGAUCACCAAAGUGUUCAUAUACAAUACGACAGUCCACAGGAGGCAAUGAUUUCUCUGAAUCUGGAACAUAAGCAUCCAAGUGAUGAACAAGCAGACGAUCACCAAAGUGUUCAUAUACAACAAGACAGUCCACAGGAGGCAAUGAUUUCUCUGAAUCUGGAACAUAAGCAUCCAAGUGAUGAACAAGCAGACGAUCACCAAAGUGUUCAUAUACAACAAGACAGUCCACAGGAGGCAAUGAUUUCUGUGAACUUGGAACAUAAGCAUCCAAGUGAUGAACAAGCAGACGAUCACCAAAGUGUUCAUAUACAACAAGACAGUCCACAGGAGGCAAUGAUUUCUGUGAACUUGGAACAUAAGCAUCCAAGUGAUGAACAAGCAGUCGAUCACCAAAGUGUUCAUAUACAACAAGACAGUCCACAGGAGGCAUUUCUGUGA